GGGGGCAAGAUGGCUGCGCGUUGCCGGGGCGACCGGAGCCGGAGUCCGCUGGAGGACGCGGUCCGAUGCGCGAGCUUGUGUUUCGCGCCACCUUUUGAGUGACGCAGAGUGACGAGCGAUUGCGGAGGGAGGAGGGAAAAAAGCGCAAAAAAAAAACCACAACACCGAGUGCCCGCGCGGGGCAGGCACAGGCACAGGCACAGGGGGCGGGAGGGGGAGGAGGCCGCACAAAAUGGAUCCCAACCGGAUCAUACAGGCGCUGAAAGGCACCAUCGACCCCAACCUCAGGAUCGCGGCGGAGACCGAGCUCAAUCAGUCGUACAAGAUCAUAAACUUUGCUCCCACGUUGCUUCAGAUCAUUGUGUCUGAUCAGGUUGAAUUUCCAGUUAGACAAGCCGCUGCUAUCUACAUGAAGAAUAUGGUGACACAGUACUGGCCGGAUCGUGAAGCUCCUCCUGGGGAAGCAAUGUUACCUUUCAACAUACAUGAAAAUGAUCGGCAGAAUAUUCGUGACAACAUUGUGGAGGGGAUCAUUCAUUCACCUGACCUAAUCAGGUCUCAGCUGGCUGUGUGUCUUCGUGCGAUAAUUAAAUACGACUUCCCUGGACGUUGGACGGCAGUGGUAGACAAAAUUGGCUUUUUCCUGCAAUCUCCAAAUAACGCAAGUUGGCUCGGCAGCCUGAUGUGUCUAUACCAGUUGGUCAGGACCUAUGAGUUCAAGAAGGCAGAGGAGCGAGAUCCUUUGAUAGCAGCGAUGCAAAUAUUUUUACCACGAAUUCAGCAGAAAAUAUUUCAACUUUUGCCUGACUCGAGCCAACUUUCAGUGCUGAUACAGAAACAGAUCCUAAAAAUCUUCUAUGCACUUGUUCAGUAUGCACUACCACUACAACUGGUAAAUAAACAAACCAUGACUCAAUGGAUGGAGAUAUUUAGAACAAUCAUUGACCGUGAUGUACCUCCUGAAACCUUGCAAGUGGAUGAAGAUGACCGGCCUGAACUGGUAUGGUGGAAGUGUAAGAAGUGGGCUUUGCACUUGGUUGCAAGACUUUUUGAAAGAUAUGGAAGCCCUGGAAAUGUAACAAAAGACUAUACGGAGAAUGAUGAUCUCACCAACGUCAUUCAGAAGAUGAUAUGCGAAUACAGUGAGGAGAUGACCACGAUUGCCGUUGAUAUGACGCAACAUUUAGCCAUGACAUUCAGCAAAGUUCUUCAGAGUGAUGCUUAUGAAGAAGUAGAGGAUAAAACAGUGAUGGCAAUGGGCAUCCUGAACACAAUAGACACGAUCUUGACUGUGGUGGAGGAUCACAAGGAGAUUACACAGCAGCUGGAGGGAAUCUGUUUGCAGGUCAUUGGACUAGUACUUCAAAAACACGUAAUAGAAUUCUAUGAAGAAGUUCUCUCUUUAGCAUACAGUUUAACGUGCCAAGUAAUCUCUCCUAAUAUGUGGCAACUACUAGGUGUCCUUUAUGAAGUUCUUCAGCAAGACUGCUUUGAAUAUUUUACAGAUAUGAUGCCUCUUUUACAUAAUUAUGUAACUGUAGACACCGAUGCAUUUUUGUCUAAUCCUAAAAAUGUAGAGAUCAUUUAUAACUUGUGUAAGAAGGUCCUGACGGGGGAUGCAGGAGAAGAUGCGGAGUGCCAUGCUGCAAAGCUGCUUGAAGUGAUCAUCCUUCAGUGUCAGGGGAAAGGCAUUGAUCAGUGCAUUCCCUUGUUUGUUGAAGCUGUACUGGAACGACUAACACGUGGAGUUAAAACAAGUGAACUUCGGACAAUGUGUCUCCAGGUGACCAUUGCUGCACUUUAUUACAGCCCCAUGCUGCUUGUGCAUACCUUGGAAAACAUUCGCUUUUCGCAUAGUGCAGAGCCGAUCACAGCACAGUUUAUUAACCAGUGGAUGAAUGACACAGAUUGUUUUCUUGGGCUUCAUGACCGGAAGGUCUGUAUUAUUGGUCUGAGCACUCUAAUGGAAAUGCAAAACAGACCUGAAGCAGUGAAUGCUGUAGCCGCUCAGAUUCUGCCUUCGUUACUACUUCUCUUCCUCGGCCUCAAGCGAGCCUAUGCAAGCAAAAUUACCAAUGAUCAGGACGAAAAUGGAGAAGAAGACGAGGAUGCCGAAGAAAAUGAAGAGAUUCCAAGUGACGAAGAUGACAUUCGCGAGGCAGGUCAGCAGUACCUAGAUAUGCUGGAGCAACACCAGGUAGAGGAAGAUGAGGAGGAUGAUGAUGACGAUGAAUGGGAUGAAGAUGGGUUAGAGGAAACUGCUCUUGAAGGUUUCUCAACACCAUUAGAUGAAGACAACUAUGUUGAUGAAUAUCAGAUUUUCACAUCUGCUCUUCUAAGAAUACAGAGUGUGGAUGCUGCCUGGUAUCAGACUCUCACUGCCCCUUUGAGUGAGGACCAGAAGAAACAGUUGCAGGAGAUCUUCACACUAACAGAACAGAGGAAAAAUGCAGAAGAAUCCAAGAAAAUUGAAGGACAAGGUGGCUAUAAGUUUGACAUGACUGCACCAGUUCCAACAAUGUUCAGUUUUGGGGCAACUCGAGGGAACAAUUGAACUAUGCGUGUCAUUUUAUGAAACUUCAGGGCAUCAUGAAGAAAAAUAUUUGAUUCAUCAUGAUAGAAGCUGUUGAGAAACCUUCGCGAUAGAGUCGGACCCCUACAGCGCUGGAUCGUCAUUCGAUUAUCAUUUGAGGGUUUUGUCGGUUUCUUUACUUUUCUCUCAAACUGAGUGAAAAUCAUCUGCCCUCUCCCCCCCCCUCAGCAGGCACUAUGGAGAAAGGUCUGGUUAGCCACUGGCUCUCAGGUUCCCAGUACAUAAGCAUUUGACGGGUUAAUACAGAUACAGUGCCUUCUGUCGCACGUCGUUUGCCUCAGAUUUUAGUUUGGAAAGAAGUAGCAUGAUUUUAAAGGAAAAUACUUUAACCAUGGUUUUUUUUUUAAAAUAUUUGCCAGAGAUUUAAAAGAAUCUGUUUAUUCCAGCUCUGCUAUUUUUUAAAUUUCAGUGUGGUAACUGUUUUACCGUUUUAAAAUAUUUAUCCUUGGUAUAAACCUGUCGGUUUCUGUGAUCUGUGACAGCAGUAGUAGCCUAGAAUUAAACAAAUUGCAACUUCAUAAAAGAUUAGUGGCAAUUCACGUCGGACUUGGAGGACGGUCACAAUCCCUUUUUUCUGAAAGGGGAGGCAGAUUUUAAUAACUAUAUGCACAGUGGAAUAUGAUCAAUUUUCUGACAGUAUAUUUAACUGUUGAAUGGAAUUCAGGAGAACUUUGGAUUUUGGGACAUGAUUUAUUUUUUUGUUUAUGUGAUAUAAAGUGUCAAAUGCCCAGGUGGGUAAAAUAAUUGUCAACACUGGUUAUUGUAUAUUUACAUCAAUCCUUUGAGAGAGCUUGUGAGUUUUCAUUCUCAGCUAUUGGAUGCCUCAAUAAAGCCUUUGGUUGAGCA